GCAGAAACCUCUCAACUCGCCACUUAUACGGCAACUGAGUUUGAACGUGCAAGUUCCAACACAUCAACUCGAAGAAAAUAGCAAAAAAACAUUUCUACCGAAUGUCAGUUUUUAUUUCAUUUGUCUGAAUCGUUAUUUAUCACAAUGGUAGUCAGGAAUCGAAGAUACGUCCUCUGCCUCGCUUUUCUUGCCAUUCAGCAAGUCUGGACCGUCGACAGGAGCAACUUUAAAUCUUGUGAACAAAGCAGUUUUUGCAGACGGUGUCGAAAUGUUGAAAAAGGAAAGUCACCGUAUGAACUGGAUCUCUCCACGCUCUCGAUUACAAAUUCAGGACUUCAAGUUCAACUGAUAAACACAGAAAACUUAGUUAAAUUUAUUCUUAAAGUCACUCCACUGGAAGAUAGUACUCUCAGAAUCCAGGUGGAAGAAGAAACGCCAUUGCGCCAACGCUUUGUUCCACCCCUCGUUCUGGAUGGAGAUCCUGUUUUGAGCUCAUGGGAGGUCAAAUCAAAAUCAGACCGCAGCGUGACUUUGUCAUUUAAUUCUUAUGAAAUUGUUUUACAAGCAGUUCCUUUUAAAAUUGAUGUCUUUAAAGGAUCUACUGAAAUUGCUUCAGUAAACGCUCGUGGUCUUUUUAAAUUUGAACAUACAAGGCCUAAACCCCAAGAAAAAGAUGAAUCAGAAGAUGCAGGUGCUUGGGAAGAGAAUUUCAAAUCGCACCAUGACAGCAAACCUUUCGGCCCUACUGCUGUAGCCAUGGAUGUUACGUUCAAGGGAGCCAAAUUUGCAUAUGGCAUUCCUGAGCAUUCAGAUUCCCUAGCCUUAAAAUCCACUUCAAAAGGAGAUCCAUAUAGGCUUUACAACUUGGAUGUUUUUGAAUAUGAAAUCAAUAGUGUAAUGUCUCUUUAUGCAGCAAUACCUUUCCUCAUUGCCCACAGUGAAGAUCAUACGGUUGGUUUCUUUUGGUUGAACCCUUCUGAAACUUGGAUUGAUGUAGAGACACAUAACGAUGUUGUCUCCUCAAUUGUAAAUUUUGUUGGAGCAAAGCAGCCACAAGUUGAAACGCAUUUCAUGUCCGAGAGUGGAAACAUUGAUGCUUUUUUGACAUUAGGGCCAAAACCAAAAGAUGUUUUCAGACAGUAUUCUGCUCUCACAGGCACUGCUCCAAUACCACCUUACUUCUCUUUGGGUUAUCAUCAGUCUCGAUGGAAUUAUAAUGAUCAAGAAGAUGUAGAUGCUGUUAACAAAGGUUUUGAUGAACAUGAUCUUCCCAUGGAUGCUUUAUGGCUGGAUAUUGAACAUACUGACAGUAAAAAGUAUUUUACAUGGGACCAGUUUAAGUUUUCUAACCCAGUAGAAAUGCAACAAAAUCUCACUGCUAGGGGCCGAAAAUUAGUCGUAAUCAUUGAUCCUCAUAUCAAAAGGGAUGAAAGUUAUUUUCUUCACAACGAUGCAACCAGCAAUGGCUAUUAUGUCAAAAACCAGGAUGGCACCGAUUAUGAAGGCUGGUGUUGGCCGGGGUCCUCGUCCUACCUUGACUUUUUAAACCCCCAAGUGAGAGAAUACUAUGCUAGUCGGUACAAUCUUCAAAAUUAUGUUGGUUCUACUGAAAACUUACACAUUUGGAAUGAUAUGAAUGAACCUUCUGUUUUCAACGGGCCAGAAGUUACGAUGCCAAAGGACAAGGUCCACCAUGGUGGAUGGGAACACAGAGAAAUUCACAACGUCUACAGUCUUCUUCAUGUUUCUACCGGUUAUGAAGGAAUGCUUCGUAGAAGUGCCAUCUUAAAUAUCGAGGAGACGCAAAGGCCGUUUAUGUUAACUAGGUCUGCAUUUGCAGGCUCCCAAAGAUUUUCGGCUAUCUGGACCGGUGACAAUGCAGCUGAGUGGGCUCAUUUGAGAGCCUCACUCCCAAUGUGUCUUUCAUUAGCUGUUGCUGGUAUGUCCUUUUGUGGCGCAGAUGUCGGUGGCUUCUUUCAAAACCCUGACCGUGAACUCUUUGCUAGAUGGUAUCAGGCGGCUACAUUUCUACCAUUCUUUAGAGCUCAUUCCCACAUAGAAACCAAAAGGAGAGAACCUUGGUCGUUUGACGAAGAGGUUACUUCCAUUAUAAGGGAUGCCCUCAGGACCAGAUACAACUUCCUACCACUUUGGUACACAUUGUUUCAUGAAAAUAAUAAAACUGGCAUGCCGGUGAUCAGACCACUUUGGGUCGAAUAUCCUGAAGAUGCCCAAACCUUCGACAUCGAUGAUGAGUUCCUUGUUGGUCAUUCAUUGCUUGUAAAACCUGCAUUUUCUCCUGGUACCAGCCAAGUUCAAGUAUAUUUCCCUGGAGAAAAUACAGUUUGGUAUGAUAUCGAUAACCACGAGCAAUUUACCUCUGGCACUGCCAACGUACCUGCCCCAUUCACUAAAGUCCCAGUUUACUACAGAGGAGGAGCUAUCAUACCCAAGAAAAUGAGGGUCAGAAGAUCUUCCCAGCUGAUGCACAAUGACCCAUUCACUAUCAUAGUUGCUCUGGACAAUAAUAAAAAAGCUUCAGGCCACUUGUACCUUGACGAUGGAACUUCUCAUAGACACCACUUCAGAAAAGACAGUUCUGUUCUCAUAAAAUACGAGUAUUCCGAUAACAAACUUUCAUCAAUGUAUGUUGGUGAAAACAGGUAUAACACGCCUUGUUGGGUAGAAAGGAUAAUCAUUUUAGGCUUACCACUAAAUACCUAUAAAGUGACUGCAUAUUAUGAUAAGAAAGAAAUUCAUUUAGAGACUGUGGUUGACUAUGGAAAGCGUGGGCUGGUCAUCAGGAAACCCAAGCUGCCUGUUGCUAAAGAAUGGCACUUAAAACUACACUAGAAGUAUAUUUUAGUUAUUUGGUAUAAAUAAAUAGGGUGGGAAGGGGAGAAAAGAGCUGAGGGAAACUCUAUAUGGGGCAUAUUUGUCUGUUUCUCUGUUCACUACUUUUUUUUAAAUUGUGAUUUUAUAUGUGUAAGAAAUAAGAUUGAAAAACUAUUCCAUAAAAUAUAGAUAUAUAUAUAUGUCAAUAUUAUCAAAAUUCUUUUUUUGAGAUAAAUGUUUUAACACUUCUUUUGGGUAUUAACCAUUAUGCUCUUCUUAAAAGUAUUGGGAAAUUCUUGGACACGUGAUGGUCAUUUUCAAAAACGACUAUAAGAUUGACUUCAAACUCUGAAAUUGAAAAUACAUUAUUAGUUUAUUAUUUAAUAACUGAAGCUCUUGUACAUACCAACUUUAAAAUUGAUCGUAGUAAGGGUUGGACAUGUAAAGAGCCUAGGAAAUAUCAUGUAAAUCGGUAUUUCAAUUCCACAGACAACAUUGCUUUCUCCUAUCUGUAUAUUUUGGAUUU